CCGAGGCCCGCAGGUCGUGUGUGUACAGUUCGUACAGUACGACGACUGCUGGAGUCGUCGUCUCGUCUGCUGCAGAUUUAGAGUAGAGCGAGUAGAGCGAUUUACCAGGAUUUACAUCUUACAUCUGACAUACUCGAUUUACAAUCAACAAGUUCAGAAGAAACAUUAUUCUUGUUGAAAGUUUCUUCAUUAAGUGUUCCAAAAAAAAUAACAAUCAUGUUUAUUCGACAUAUAAAUUUCCGUGCACUUCUGCCCGGACGGAUGCCAGUGGUUUUCACACAAGUAGCAGGUUUUAAAGAUUUCGAACCACCACCUGUUUAUCCAGAGAUUGAAUUUCCGGAACGACCUAAACUGAGAGUUCUUGAAAGAGCACCACAAUAUCCAGCAUCUAUGAAGCCAUUUAAAAUGCAGAAGAGGCUGAGAUAUAUGCGUGGACCUGAACCAACCCAUACGUUUUUCGUUCACAAGCAAUUUGGUAUCAUAGCACUCGGAGGUGGAAGGCUCAAAUAUGGACACUUUGAGAUGAUUCGUAACACACUUGGAAAAAAAAUCGAUACAAAAAGAAUGUUUGGAAUGUGGAGAAUUGAUGCUCCAUGGCAACCUGUUACUUGCAAGGGACAAGGACAACGCAUGGGUGGUGGAAAAGGAGCUAUAGAUCAUUAUGUCACACCAAUCAAAGCUGGCCGCGUUAUAAUCGAGGUUGGCGGUCACUGCCAAUAUUUCGAAGUAAAGAGAUUGCUCGAAGAAAUCGCUGCAAAAUUACCAUUCAAAGCGAUGGCCCUCACUCACGAAAUGCUCGAAGACAUGAAAAACGAAGAGAAGAGGUUGGAGGAAACUAACAAGAAUCCUUGGACCAUGAAGUAUAUCAUUCAAAAUAAUAUAGGGGGCUGUCACCAGUGGAUUUCACCGGUGGACAAGAUGUGGUUUGGUAAACAUCGGUAAUUUCAGUACUUUUACGCAGUUCCAAAUUUUUGUAUAUAAUAAACACAUCAAAAUAC